GUUUCUCUAGUUAUUAAAAAAAAUAUUUCUUCUUCUUUUCUAUUGUCUUCUCUUAUCUAAAUUAUUUAUUAUUGUUUUGAUGUAGUUUUGUUGAAUUACUUUUAUAUGAAUAAGAAAUCAAGAAUAAAUUUAUUCAGUAGAUAAUAGGUCAAAACAAGAAAAGAGCUUAUCUUUAUUAUUUCUAAAAUUUCUAACAAGGAAAGCAGGAAAAAGAAAAGAGAAAGAACAAAACUGGAUGUAGGCUUAAAGUGGGUGGUUGACAGAUUAAUGCGUUAGGCGACUCAGGCGGGGGUGAAAGUAGAUUCCUGGGUGGUAAGUGUAAACAGUAAAUGAAGUCCCGAAUGGGGUGGGUAUAAGGACGCCGGCUUCAGGGGGAGGGGGGACUUAGGGUGGAUGUUUUACAUGGGCUAUUGGUAUUAUAUAUCUGUGCGUACAGCCUGUCGUCUAGUCUCGUACGGAGUAGAGUAACGAACGGCGGGAUAUAAGUGGAAAGCUUGCCGGUUUGUGACGCGUGUUUUUCUUUGUUUUACAUAUAAUUUCUGUUCCAAUAAUUUAAUUUUUCAACAUGAAGAAGGGAUACAAAGUCACAGACGUUAAAAGAGAGAAAAAAAUUGGCAUCGCCGCCGAAAAUUUGGAAGAGUUGAUAGAAAAAUCGCGCAAAAAGUUAGGUUUCAAUGUCAGUUGCGCAGAGUGUCGUCUUUUUGUGGCGGAGGAUGGCACGCGUGUGGAUGACGACGACUACCUCGGCUCGUUACCGCCGCAAACACUUUUUAUAUUGUUAAAGGAUACUGAAAAAAUGGUAACUGAUUUUGACUACUUCUAUAAUAUGAUUCGAUCAGUAAGAAAGGAGUAUAUUGAUACUGGGACUGCAGCUAAGCAAUUCCUCAGUACAAAUAUCAAGGAGAAAUUUAAGGCAUUCCAGAAAUAUAUAGCAGCGUCUGAUGAUACCCGCACCAUGCUAAGUGAACGGGCAGAGGAUCCAUCAUGGUUUGAAGGCUUAGAACCCAGCGAGAAGACAAAAGAGCAGUCCAUGUCGAAGCGUGUUAAAGAGCGAAUGAGAGGCUACUAUUAUAAAACCAAAAGCGCUUUACAAGCAUCGGAACACUACAUACAGACCAACGGGCGCGGUAAGAAACUAAUUGAUCAGUUCCUACUUGACCUUAGGAAGAUUCUGGAGACUUCCAAAUACAACGAAGCGUAUUUCAAUCGUAAAGCCGAUAAAAAAGAGUGUCUCUGCGACAAAAGUGGGCUUUUCGCUUGCGGCGGGCUCUGGAGUAAAGAUUAUUGCGAUUAUGAGGGUGAACAUAUUAUAAAUCCUUAUAGGAGUCGCGAAGAGCGAAUCAUAUUUCAAACAUGGAAUUUGGAUCAUAAGAUAGAGUUGUCAAGAUCGAUUAUACCAAAAAUUCUCGAAUCAAUCGAGCGAUUCUAUAAUGGUGAAAAUAAAUGUAUAAAUUGCGAGAAUGUCAUUAAGAUUGGCUAUAUAGAUGCAGAUAGGUAUUAUCUGCAAAUAUUUACUAGGGAGAACCUCAAGUUGGUGCACAUUGUUUGUCAUUAUAAGGGCAAACACGAUGCCGACUCCGAUGUAUACACAAUAUGCAAAAACUGCAUUGGUAAUCAAAGCAUUCGAUACACUAAUUAAAAUGCAAAGUUGAUAAUGUUAGAGGCAUAACAUAUUUACAAAUAUAUUUUGUUGCUACCUUCUGUAACUGUGAUAGGCAAAAUAAUUACAUAUUUUCAGAUUAAAUAAGUUUUGACGAUAUAACAAAUGUUAAGUGAUACUAUAUUUUUUAACAUACCAAAGUAACUUAUUAAGAGUACCUCUAUGUGAAUUUGACUGCAAGGAUUAGUUUAAUGACAUUGUCAGUUAAAGUAUAUUUAUUAUUUUCCAAUAAUCAAUUCAAUGAUUCCACCAAAUGAAGUCCAUAAGACAUUAUUUUUAUUAUUAAUAUAAUACGCACAUACUGUAGCACUUCAAUUUGUGAUUAUAGUUUUGUUAUUAAUUUAUUUUUAUGCUUGACCAUGCAUAAAAUAAAUAAGUAGAUAAUAUGGGAUUAGAAAGAUGUUAAUUGAAAUGAAAUGAAAUGAAUUUAUUUUGCUAGAAUGUAGGUAGUUUUCGAUAAAAGAGGUUUACAUUUCCCAUAUACAUUCUGCCUCUAUGUCGGCGUGCAAAAUAUUAAUAAUAUGAAAAAAUUACAUAAUUAUACAUUAUAUUUCCCCUUAUUAGUCAUACUAUUUAACACACACAUAAUUUAUUACAGUAAACAGAAAAGAAAACAAGAGCCAAAGCGUCAAUCACAUCUCCAUUAUAGACUGUCAAGUACAUUUGUUUUUUUUAGUUAAAUAUUCAUUGAUGGUAUAAAAAUUAUUACAUAACAGCCAAUUCCUAAGUUUAUGUUUGAACACUGUAUGAGCUGUUAUUUCUCUAAUGUAAUUUGGUAGAUGAUUGUAAACUUUAAUAGCCAUACAAUAUGCAUUCCUUUUAUGUAAAUCUAAUCUACACUUUGGUACACAUAAUUUGUCAUUUGGUCGAGUUACACGUAUUUUUGAGUCCGAUACUCUUUUGAAAUAGCUAGCAUGUUCCCUUACAAAUAUACAAUUAUUUGACAGAAAGUUGACAGUAACAGUAAUGCAUUGAAGAAAACCAUACACAGUUGAUAUAACUGUGUAUUGAAGUUUUGGACUGAAAAUUAUUUAGUAUCUAUAGAUAGUAUUGAUACUUAGUUUUAAAAUGAUUUUAAGUUUAGUAUUUAUAAUAUAAUAUUCUUUAUAGGAGAUUAUCACAGAACAAAUUAAAAAAAACAAUACAUGUUAAAAAAAUCCUCACUGUCAAGAGCCAAUAUUAAAAUUCCCAUAGUUGUCACAAUUGAAGUGCUGCGGUAUUUUUACGUACAGUAUUUGGUCAGACUAUAGAUCAGGAUUUAUAUUAAAGUUUUUAGUUUGGCUAUAGAUACUUUAUUUUACCAAGGAUUUUUAAUAACAAUAUGUAAACCCAUUCAAUAGGAUAUUGCAAUCGGUAUUAGGUUGAAUUGGUUUAUUGAUGCUGGAGAUUGCUGAAUUGGUGGAAUUUGGAGUUCAACUUUAUGAGUAAAUAAUUAAAUUAAAAUUUUAAUAAAAAAAAAUGUAGAAAAUAUCGUAUGAUUGUAGACUUUUACAGUAGAAAUUAUUUACAAUUUUAAAAUAUUGUUGAUGUUGUAACUGAUUAUUAUUAUUAGACGAGAAUAACUUUUCUAUUCCUUGAAUUGAUCUCCUUCGCCCUUUAAAUUUUAGAUGUAAGUGUAAACCUUCAUAAUUAGUUGUGGGUGCCAAUUAAAUUUUAUCUUUAUAAAUAUUUAUUACAUUUAAAUAAUAAUUUGAUUUUUAUCUAUUAUUAUAUUUUAUGGACAUUUUAUAUCUCUUUUUAAAAUCAAUAAUUAUUGAUUAAAUCGAUAUAAUCGAGAAAAGAAAUAUAUUAAUUAAAAUUGUUACAAUUAUGUGACAAUCAUUAUACUUAAUAUAAUUAUAUAAUGACUAUAAUUACAAUAUGGCAAAAGACAAACAUUUUAAAUGUUUUAAAUAAUUAAUUAUUUACAGAAUAAUUAGAAAAAUAUAUACAUUAAUUUUUGUAUGAAUAUAAGUUAAAUCUUUUAUAUUGGUAUGUGUAUUAACUGUUUAAGACACGUAUUGAAAUGGGGACAUGUUUUGGACUCUAUUAUUUAUUGCAAAUCAUUUUCAAGAGAAUACAGAUAUUCACCUGAAUGGUGAAUCUAUAAUUUAUAUAAAUAGUAAAUAAAUAGUACACUGUUCCAAAAGGGCAUAUAAACCUAUACAAGAUAAAUUCAUACAGCGCUAACAGCUACUGUGUGUGCACUACGCGCUCUACUGAACAGUCAUGACGCAAUGAAAACGAGUCCCGCCGACCGGUUGAUUUGUUGUAGGUUUAUAUGUCAGUCAGAAUUUAACAGUCUACAGACGAGGGACUUUUUGUCCACGAUGGAUAUAAUUAUCCUUUGUAUGAAGUCUAGAUAAGUCUGGAAAUUUAGAUACUAUUUGUUAUAAUAUUAAUUUUAUAUAAAUGAAUUUUUAGUGAUUUUAUUUAGUUUCAAAAAUAUGUCCCAUAUGAACAGCUGAAGGUUCAAAUUGACCACAACGUCAGUAACAUGAAACCUCAAUUGAAUACAGGGUUAUAGGUAGCCAUUAAUCAAAUUUCUUACGGCAAAAUACUAUUACGAUUGUAUCUAAAUUUUAUAAUUAAACUUUAUAUGUUACUAAUAACAGUAUAUAAUGAAUAUAUAACCAACUAAAUGCCACUUAUCAAAAGCAGGUUUUUGUGCAAAGGUGCUUUCUGAUGUUUUGAUGAUGCGGUAUAAAAUAUACUUUACGACCUAUUCUCAUACCUGAUAAAUAUAUAAAAUUGAUAAAAAUCAAUUGAGCUGUUUCAAAGGAAUUCGCCCACAAGUACCGUGACAUGAGACUUUUGUAUGUAAGAUAUUAUAAACAAAUAUGGGAAGUGGUAGAUGUAAAGCAAGAAGUGUAUUAUUAAUUUUUUUAUUUCACUACAUAAGCUUAUUGUCGUAAUAGUAUUUUGCUAAUUUUCCAAAAACUAUCGACUGAUCUGGUAUAAAAUGCCAAGCACUAUCGAAUUUUUAGAACGAACUACGAGAUAGCCUCAAAGUAGUGUGCACUCUCUUCGUUCGAAAUAUGGAGUGAUUUAGAUAGGUAAAUAAUGUAUGAGAAGGGUUGUCUGAAGAUCUUUCUCAUUUUUUACGAGUGAAUAAAAAAUAAUGUGUUUUAAAUUAAAAAUUUAUUAUUAUUUGACAAAAAACAAAGUUACAAACACAAGAUACAAUGGGCCCCACACUAGGUACUAGGUGAACCUGUAUCGUAGCCACCCGACAAAGAUUAACAAAUCACAAUCUGUUAUAAUAAAAAGUACAUAGUGGACGGGUAUUAAUAUAAAAAGUAAUAUAACAUUGAAAUAGUGAAAAAAAGUAAUAAAAUCAAUAAUAUAAAUACACAAGCAAUUUAUAAAACACUAUUCGUUAACUUUUUCUAAAUUAUUAUGGUUAUUAUAAACUGAUGUACAUAUAGUAUCAUAGACAUAGUGGACUCGUUUCCCUCAUCAAAAGAUAAAUUCCACCCACUGGAAGAGUUAGUACUAUCAUAAGUAAUUUUUUAAUUUUUUCACUAGGUAAUUGGUAUUCAUUGGUAAAAUGCCAGUAUCAGUUUUCGUUACUCGAGAAUCGUGAUAUGUAUUCUAUAUGAUAAAUUAUUAGACAAUUAAGAUAGAAUAAUUAAAAUCAAUAGAGCUUUAAAAACGGAAAAGAUCUUCAGAAUUGUGUUGGAUAGAUUUUGUAUCUUACGUUUAAUAAAAAAAUGGUAUAUACAUAAUCAAUUUGCCAAUAUCGUUUAAGUAAUCUAAUUGUACUGUCUUUAUUCUGUUGUUACUAUAGGAUCCUGUUUCACAGUCGUUAGAUAAGAUUAAUAGAUACCUAAGUCAAUGUGUUCCGAAUAUCGGCAUUAUCGCUUAUCGCGCGGUUGUGAGACACGACCUAACUAUCUCGUAAGGUUAACAUAAUAUCAGAAAUCCUAUUUUGUGACAAUUAUAUCUACUUGUUUAGAUAGUUUUAAUCGAGAUCGAUAGCAAUAGUAAAAUAUAAGUAGAUCUUAUAGAUAUGUCGUUUCACGUGUGGACUAAACCUCUAAUUAUUGCUUAGAGGUGUCAAAUAUGAAGUUGUAUUUUGAAAGCUAUCGAUGCACCCUUAUGAUCAUAAUUCAUAAUAUCUCUUAUAAUAUCCUAGUAAUAUGACGCCAAAAUAUAUAAAAAAACUAUUAACACCACAUAGUGGGAUUAGACUAUAAAAUAUAAGCUAAAUGUAUUAAUUUAUAGGUAAUAACUAUUGGGCUCAAUUCUGAGACGCCAUUCCCUAAACUUGUCUCUAACAUUAAAAUUUUAAUUUAAUAUGACAGAAGAAUCUUUUCUUGUUUUUUUUUUUUUUAUUUAUAUUAGUCAAAAUUGUUUUAAAUUUAUUUUAUAACGGUCCAAAAACAGUAAGUAAUUUCGCGAAACUAUUAAAAUAGUUUUAGAGAAUGGCACCUCAGAAUCGACCCCGUUUUUGCACUCUUAAUAUCAUUUGUAAUAGGUAUUUAGGAAGUAUACAAUUAGUGUAAUCCUUAAUUUGAGCUCACUUUUAGUUUACCUUAUAGGUGGUAAAUAUAUAUGCAUGGUAGGUAGUAUAUUAGCAAAUAUAAUAAUAGAGCACACGUAUAUUCACAAUAUAGAUAUAGUUUUGUACCCAUGUACCUAAGGUAUUAAUGAUGUAAGCAUCAGAUAUUUCAACGGUUGCCCUCUGAACUAUUUUUUUUUUUAUUCGUCCACAUGUGAACGUCAUACCGUAAUUAAGUGUAAUGCAAUAGUGUUGUAGAUGCUUCCAAGAAAGCUUUAUAGUUGUUCGCUCGUAGCAAUGUAGCAUGUUUGAGUAGUUAUCGUAUAGAGAUAUACCUUAUAUACUGUAUUACCAAACCUUCUCCUUAUAGUAUGACAGUGAUUGUACUGGUAUGGGAAAUAAGGUUUUAGUGUAACAAUAGGCUUUGAUUAUACACUGGUUUAUGUAUAGGAGUUUCAAAGAGGCAUCUCUGAUCACAUAUAUUUAAAAUAUGUAUUUAAAGUAUGUAUUUAAAAACUAAACAAAGUAGACAUAUUCAUGUUAGUGAUAUCCCUAGUUGAAAAGUUCUUUGUCUAGAGGCAUCAGAAUCUCAACACCGCUAUUUACAAAAUACUUCACUGAUAUGAUGAGGAAAAAUGAAAAAAGCAGUGGUUCCUCACAAUAAUAAAAAUGUGUGUAUAGGAGUCAACGAAUAUCGCAUUUUAUUCAGAGAAAAGAAACAUUUUUAACGAAUAUUAGUGAGGGCCUCCCAAAAGCUGUAUUUGUAAAUAGCUGGAUUGUGGUCCUGAUGCGUUUGAUUGCUAUUGCUAUAUACUAUGUAAAGAUCAUGUUAAAAAUUGUAUUAAGAUUUAAACAUUUCCAAAGGAAGCCAGUGAUGUAAUAUUUUGUUGAAUAAAUGAAAUAUGCAUUAAAA